CGGUGCACCAGACUGCGGUCUGGAGUGCAUCUCCAUCGGCCACCCGCAGCCACUAGUGUCCUGGAGCCUCCUCUGUGCGGCCCGCCCACCACUCUGACCGCUCGCCAUUUGCCCUUUCCCAGCCUGACCCCUCGCGCCUUCCUGCAGACGCGGCUCCAUCGGCGUGGAGGGCAUCCAAGUCCUGGGCACCAGCAACCUCGUGAUCUCCGACGUGUGAGUCCAGCACUCGGGCGUCUACGUCUGCGCCGCCAAUCGGCCGGGCACCUGGGUCCAGCGCAUGGCCCAGGGUGUCCUGCUCCUGCAGGCUCCCCACAAGUUUGUCCAGUGGCCACAGUCCUUGUCCAAGUCCCUGGGCAGCAGCGCCAUCUUCACCUGCGCGGCUCAGGGCGUCCCCAAGCCCCAUCUGGUCUGGUUGAAGAAUGGGAAGGUGCUGACUCCUGGGGACAACAUCAAGCUGACUCGCAACAGGUACCUGUGCUCCACUGCUCCUCGAAUCCCUGUCCACAGGAGGGACCCCCACCCAUCCUAGGUGUCUGCCCCACCUACAUGCCACUCUCUACCUAAAUCUACUCUAAAAUCCACACACACACACAACCACCCAGCAAGUUAAAACUUCCACUUCCAGCAAGUCUUCCCCCCCUGCCCCCCACAGGAGGCUCUGUCCUGCCUGCUCCAUUACAGGAAAUGCCCACACCCUGUGGGUCUGUAUCUUCUGUCCCUAGCAGGUCUGUAGGUCUCUGAGACAGGCAGCCUCCUCCUCUAGGGCCACCCCACUAGGGUGUGGGGCUUGGUGGGGAAAGCGCAUCCAGCAGCUGGGUUUGUCUUUCUCUAGCACGCUGAUGCUGGCAGGAGUCUCAGUCGAGGAUGAGGCCAUCUACCAAUGUGUGGCAGAGAACAGUGCAGGCUCCAACCAAGCCAGUGCCUGCCUGACUGACAGGGACCCCA